AUGGCGCGUGACUUCCUGGGCCUGAGCACUGCUCUGACAGUGGCGGCGGUCUGCGCCUGCACGGUGCUGCUGACCGGGGAUGUGGCCUUCACCGCAGGCCUGAGCCGUGGGCCUCAGCUGCCGUCGCCCUCGUCGGGAUCUUCCAGCCUGGCUGGCUCUCCUUUCGCUUCGGCACACGAGACAUUGGGCACCAAGGGUGUCCUCUGCUACGGCAUGGGCUUCGGUGUGCUUAUGGCACUUGGCCGAGGUCUCAUUUCCCAGGCAAGAGUUUCCCGCCAGGCAAGCUCGGACAUUGCGGUGAAGGAGGCGGCUGAUGUGUCCAAGAUUGCUUACCUGCAGGACAUUCCGCGCACCAUUGUGGAGAAGGAUGCCUUGGAGCUGAUCUUGAAGAACACCCCGAAGGAGCAGUGGGAGAACCCCCCAGAGGACAGCUACCUCUACACGGUCAAGGCUUUCGCAGAGAUGUACGGGCCUGGAAAGGCCACCAAGAUGGGCUGGUGGGACUACUACAGGCUGAAGAUGGACAUGCCGGACACCACCAGGCUGUCGUCUGAGCGGGAGCUGCAGGAGAUCGAGGAGUACGAGAAGCUCAUGAUGUCCGGCAAGGUCCCAUUCGCAGUGCCUGGACCUUCUGGCUACUUCUUCACCGGCUUUGUCACGCAGUGGAAGGGAAAAGAGCCCUUCGCUGGUGACCAGGUCAUCACGCUCACUGAGAACGGCCUCUUCGCCAAGCAGUUCCUGAGCGCAUUGGCCUUCUACCGCGAGGGCUUGAAGCCUUGGCAGCGCGGCCUGGAGAUUGGCAUGGCACACGGCUACUUCCUGAUCGGACCUUUCACCUCCCUGGGUCCUCUGAGGAACACCCCGGAGGCUGCCACUGUGGGUCUGUUGUGCGGCUGCGCCAUCGUGGGCAUCGUGUCCAUCGGAGGCUUGAUCUUCGGCAGCACCAUCAAGCCCACCCGCUUCGACAAGGACGGGGACAAGCCAGGUGCAGGCUUCAUCGAGAUGAUCAACUGGCACGCGGUCGGAGGCCUGGGUGGGGCGGGCUUCGCGCACGCCCUGAUCACCGUCUUCGGCUCAGGCUAG